UCGCCUCUGUCGCAGUUCGCCGCGUACUUCGGCCUUCAAUUCAACACUGGCUGCAGAACACAAGGUCUACGCAGACUACCAAAUGGCAGUUCACGGCGACAGCGCCGAUGAAGUGAAGCUUUCUCAGUUUCUGCGCUUCCUUGUGCAGUCUCCUCUCGUGAGUUCUGACAGCGGUCGCAAGCAGAAAAAAGGCGAAGAGGCUCCCGGUUUUGGCUCCUAUCACCAACAGUACUGGUUAGACGGAGAGAAGUUGAUUGCUAUUGGGGUUGUGGACCUCCUGCCCGGAUGCCUUUCCUCGGUCUAUCUCUUCUACCAUCCAGACUAUGCAUUCCUACGGCUUGGCACCUAUGCUGCUCUGAGGUUUGCGCACGAGUCUCGUGUCUAUCUUGCUCUGUCCCCGCCCCCCCCCCGCUUUCCGUUUUAUUUUCGUUUGUUUCUGGUAGCAGUUGGCUCUGCCUGA